UUCUUCUUCAUUUUGCUGUUUCUCAAAUGUUCACAAAAAUUAUCGACAUUUUCGCUAGUGAUUACAAAAGUUUUAUAAAUAUUUUUUAAAUUAAAAUCAAUUCAAUUGAUUUGCGGACAUUUAAAUUAUUUGAAAAACAUAACAAGAGGUGCAGACAAGUGUGUGAAAGAAUUGAUUGUUUUUAUCUUAAGUGUUUGCCAAGGGAAGAACGAAAAACGUCUAGCGAGCAGUGAGUGAUUGAGUGACGGACGACUUUGUGCAAGUUGUGUGUGAAAUCUUGUAAAAUUUUUGAUUUUCAGAAGCAACAAAAUAAAUUAAAUAAUUCUCAAAAUAAGUUGAAGCUAUUAAUUUUACAUAAACUAAAGACAUAUAAAAACAAUAGAUAUUUGAACUUUUGUAACAAAGAAACAUUAAACAAAGUGUAGAGUUGCAGCCAGUGGAAUCGUUUUAUUUAUUAUUUUUUUUUGUAACUAUCGGGGCCCCCUUCACAGCUUCUUCGUUUUCUACGCAGUCAACACAAAAAAAAUAUAAUUUUUUACAAACAUGUCUGAAAACAAAGAGGAAAUAUUGGCCAAUUUUCAGAGCAUAACUGGCAUAGAUGAUGUGGGUGAAGCAUUUUCCCAUUUGGAGGAAUGUAAUUGGGAUUUAAUGGCUGCUAUACAACGGGUCAUACCACAAGAUGAUCCUAUACCCAACAUACCAUCUGUUCCCUCACUAAGAUCUGAGUCGUCGAGUCUACUCAGUCGCAAUGCGAGCAGUAGUUCAGCUUUAAAUAAUUUUUCUACUGCACCAGGCCCUUCAACCAGAAAUUGUCCUCGUUGGCUAAAAAAUGCCUCCACAAAUAAUCUAGGCAGCAGUGCUGCAGAAAGUGCAUUCGUACCAGUUGCUUCAACAUCAUCAGAUGCCGAUAUAAUUGAUCUCACCUCGGAUAUGGAUAUAGCUGAACAUAGAACUGCAAAUACAAUGUCAUCAUCAUCAGCACCUUCGCUGAUAAGACAAAUUCUAUUUAACAUACAUUUUGAUCAACAAAUUUAUGAUAUACGACUGCCCUCCACAGCAACUAUUGAACAAUUGAAAAAGAAGAUACAUGAUGUUACGGGAGUGCCGAUAUGUCGUCAAGCACUACGCGGCUGGCCGCCUGCUAAAUUAAAUCAAGCUCAAAUACCAACAACUCAAUUAGCUAGCUUAGGAUUGUCGGGAGAAAAUGAAUUAAUAUUGAUCGAUUUGACAGAAGAAGGCUAUAUGGAUUUUGAAAACGAUGAAGUGUCUAGCCGUUUGGAGAAAAACUUUGUUCUUACCAUAGUCCAACAGCCUAGUGGUGUGAGACAUGAAUUAAAAUUCUCUGGUCGCACCACAGUGGAAGAUGUAAAAACAAAGGUUUACUAUGUUACAGAAAUUGCGGUGAGACAUCAAGAAUGGACUGGUUGGCCUCACGGUUGUGAUAAUGAAACCACAUUAGCGCAAUCUGGCAUACAAUUAAAUCAUAAUUUUAUACUACAUAAUGCAGCCGAUAAAAUGCGUAAUAAUGCUAAUAAUUCAUCUUCCACGACAAGAAGUUCCAAUGCUGUUGGUCUUGAUACUGACAGUUCCGCUGAUGAAUUUGAAGAUGCCUCAGACUUUAAUGCCUGUGAAGAAUUUUUCACAGAUCCUCCACCAGUACAAUCCACAACAAGACAUUUAAUUCCCAAUAAUACAGAUAGUGAAACAACGGGUUCACUACAGUUUGUGGAAAAUUAUAAACAACGAUUUGGUGAACCAUGUCCCAUGUUCUAUACAGGCAGUUUGGAAGAUGCUCUUAAAGAGGCCUGUCACAAACCAGCCAGAGAUCGCAAAUUAUUGGCUAUUUAUUUGCAUCAUGGUGAAAGUAUUUUAACAAAUGUUUUCUGUGAUCAUUUAAUGAAACACGAAAGCAUUCUACAAACAUUUGCUGAAAAUUUUAUAGUUUAUGGCUGGGAUUUAACACAUGAAAGUAAUAAACAUUUAUUUUUAUCCUCAGUUACUGGCUGCAUUAGCAAUACCGCCUCCAUGACUGUGCGUAAUAUUUCUAUAGAUAAAUUACCUUCGAUAUUGGUAAUUGGUAAAAGUCGUUUAUCGGGUCGUACUUCGUGCGAAAUUUUAUCUGUGAUUCAUGGCAAUGUUGGUUUGGAUGAUUUACUGUCUCGUUUAUUGGAGUCGGUUGAAAUGUACAAUGAACAUUUGCAAGUGGAAAUUGGCGAAGAAGAUGCUCGUGCCGCUCGCGAUCAAGUUAAAGCCGAACAAGACAUGGCCUAUCAGGAAACUUUACAGGCUGAUAUUGCCAAAGAAGCAGCUAAACGUCAAAAAGAAGACGCUAUAGCUGCUGAACGUCAACGUGUGGAAUCGGAGAAAGCCGAAGAAGAUGCUAGACGUGAAUCGAUUAGAUUAGUGGCUGAACAAUCAUUACCCAAAGAACCGUCUGAAACGGAAUCGAAUAUUUCAAAAAUUCGAGUACGUAAACCAACUGGAGACUUUUUAGAACGUAGAUUUUAUGCAAAUAAUACUUUACAGGAUCUAUUAAAUUAUGUAGCUUCCAAUGGUUUCUUAAUCGAUGAAUUUAAGUUGAUUUCUAGUUGGCCACGCAAAGAUUUAACCUCAAUUGAUGGCCAGCAGACGUUGCAAGCAUUAAAAUUGUAUCCUCAGGAGACGGUCAUAUUGGAAGAACGAUGAUUUUAAACCCAUGUUUUUGGCAACAAACAAACAAAAUAUUUAAAUUAAUAUAAUAAAACUCCUCCUAAUCUCCCCCCAUAAAAACAAACAAAAACAAACACUUCAUUAAAACAUAUUCAUUUUUAAAUUAUACAUCAGAAAUAUUCAUACAAAAGCUUGAAAACAUUAUUAUUUGAACAAACGUAAACAUAAUUAAUGCAUUAAAAGGAAGGUAGAUUAUUAAUUAUGGCAGAUAAUGGCAAAACUAUAACACAAUUAAACGAAGUAAACAACAACCAACAUUUUUAAACCUAUGAAUUUAGUAUUUAUUGUCAAUGUUAUCAGCGAAAGCCAUUAAUAAAAACUACAACCAACCAUCACAUCAACAAAAUUGCAAGACAUAAAUAAAAUAGAUAAAAUAGAAAACAUCAAUAAAAAUUCCUCAACAAAAAUAAAUUAAACUAUUAAAGUAAAACAACUUUUUGGUAAAUUAAUAAAACAAAAACUAAAUAAAAUAGUGAAAAUAAUAAAAUUAUAAUAUAAGUCUG